AUGGCGUUUUGUUGAUGCUUUGUAAUUGUCCGAGGGACAGGCUAGCUUUAAAUUUACGGGAUACGGGAUAUUUUCUCCGCAGCAGCUCGUUGAAGGCGUACGCGGUCGAGGCUGUUUAGGGAUGCUUCGUGUAACGGGGGCUGGAUGUUUUCCACUUAAAAAAAGAAAGAAAAAAGCCUGUCUAGCAGUAUAGAAAGGUAGCUACGUAUUACAGACCUAAUAUCAUGUCACGUUCACGUCCUAUCACAUCAGCCUAUUGCAGCGCUGUUGUUUAACGGCCCGUGAGAAUAUUAAGCUAACUUUCGAAAUGCCAGCGUCCAGUGUAGUUGACCGUGAAUAAAGCGAGUCGCUGUAAUCUCCUGAGUGUAAAUGUUCCCGUGUGAAAGAACAUUUUCUCUCCUGGUAUUCGUGGUAUUCGUGCCCUCCCCCGCUUUGUAAAAGUCCCCCGUCACUGGCUGUGAGGAAGCAUAGCUCCUGUUUGUCUGUGCACCGUGGGUGUUUUAAAUACUGUGGUCCAAACAUCAGCUGUGAAGACGGUCUAUCACGGUCCCAGUUCUGUCCAAGCAGCAGCAGCAGGAUGGCUCUCUGUGCACUGAGGACGCGGUUUCUGAAAAGCAGCAGUCACUGUGGAGCCCGGGGCAGGUUGCUGCAGAGACAGAGCAGUGGCUGUGUUUACUCCAGCAUCCAUGGCUUUGACCUGGCGGAGAUCAGAGAGAAACUCCUGGCUUUUCCCGGAGGCUCCGUUGAUCUGCUCAAACAGGACUCUGGUAUCGCUGUGCUGACCAUCAACAACCCCUCUCGCAUGAACGCCUUCUCUGGCAGUAUGAUGGUGGAUCUGGAGGAACAGGUGAGCCAGCUGGAGAACUGGACAGAUGGCAAAGGCCUCAUCGUCCAGGGUGCUGCUGAAACGUUCUGCUCCGGAUCAGACCUCAAUGCUGUUAGGGCGAUUUCUAACCCGAAGGAUGGGAUGAAGAUGUGUAUGUUCAUGCAGAAUGCUCUUACAAGGCUGCUCAGGCUGCCUCUGAUCUCUGUUGCUCUGGUGGAAGGGAGAGCGCUGGGAGGAGGUGCAGAACUCACCACUGCCUGUGAUUUCAGAUUAAUGGCAUCUGACAGUGUGAUCCAGUUUGUCCAUAAACACAUGGGCCUGGUCCCAGGCUGGGGCGGCACCGCACGACUUGUCCACAUUGUUGGAAGCCAGAAUGCGAUAAAGCUCCUCGGUGGCGCUCUGAAAGUGGACCCCCGACUUGGCCUGCAGAUUGGACUGGCAGACGGAGUCCUGGAGGCCCCCCAGGCGGAGGAGGGUGCAGGGAGUCCCCUGCAGCAGGCUGAAAACUGGCUCAGUCACUACAUAAAAGGACCCGCCCCUGUGAUUCAGGCUGUGAAGAAGGUGGUGGUGUCGGGGAGAGAGCUCCCCCUGUCCGAGGCUCUGAGGACUGAGAAGGAUGUAUUUGGGACAGUGUGGGGCGGUCCGGCUAACCUGCAGGCCCUGGCCAGCAAGUCCAAACACAAAUGAACGAGUUGAAGUGUCUCUCUUGAGUAUCUUUAGAGCAUCUCAGAUCACUGAGACAUUUUUGAAAAGUUCUGUCCUGGUCAAAGUUGUAAGAUGUCCCAAAGAGAACUGCUUCAGGCCUCUGGGGAGAGACUGACUCUUGACUGACAUUACUGAACUGACUGGCGGGACAUUUAUAGUUCUUUUAAAUACUUUUCAUAAGUUGAAUGGUGUGCCUAAAAUGAGGACUGACUUUGCUGUGGGAUGGUAGAAACAGAUGAAAAAGGUUUUUUUCUUUGAUGGCCAAUGGAAAAAGGACAACAAAUAUUUUUAUUUCAGAAAAUUUGAUUUUGUGUUGCCUCCAGUACACUGACUGUGCGAUUGCCAAUUGUCACACACUGAAAUCGCUGAGUUCCUUUGUGUGUGGGCACUUUAGCCAACACCAGUGUAGGAGCUGAACAGUACAUAAACAGUGAAGCUGAAAAAGUUCUUUCUUCAAUCAUAUAUAACUCCCCUCUUCGUUUGUGGGUGUAUUUUAGAAACUGGAUUCUGCAGUUACCUGUACACAAAAAAUUACAGCACACGUGGUGCAGUUGUCAGCUGACCUAAAAAUCUUGUUUCAUUGAUGCUGUGUAGACUGUACAAGGACUUCUUUUUAGAUUUGUCCUCUCAAUUAAAGUAUAUCUAUAAUAAAAAACGGUGAAUAU